AUAUCAUGUAGUAGUUUUCCUAUCUUAUUCUAAUUCUAUGUUCCGACCACACCCCCCUUAUAAUAAAGUUACCUAGCUGCAUAUUUCGGCAAACCCUCAAAAUACAUGUAGUUAGCUCAUUACUUUUUUUGAGAUUUUCCCGAGAAAUGCGACCGCCGUGAAUUUCUUAUUGUUAAGGUUUUCUCCCCUAGCACAACUCCGUUCUUACUGUGUGCUACUUCCAUAAUGUUGUGAUGAUAUAUUUCGAAUAUUUCGUUUUUCGCAGUUGUGAACGCUUGGCUAUUGGCAUACUGCCCUCCAAUAUCAUCUUUUUUAACUCAAAUCCAAGCACUUCAUUCUGCCGAUGAAUUACGACGUGUGACAUCACCAUUAGCGUCGUCGCUAGAAUGGCGCCGACAAGCCACUCUAAAGUAAUUACGGCAAGCGAUACUCAGAAGCCGGCAGUACUUGUGCCCACGGCCAAACGUGCCUUGCGAAAGAGCACUUGUCCACAGCGAAGUUCUUUGCGUAGAGCUGUUCGAGAAAGUCUUCUUGACUUAUCAGCUGUCGCUACUAUUCCCACUCCUCCCCAUAGUCGCCAACCACUUUUUCUCCCCCCACCGACAUCAGCGCCGUCGACCACAGGAUUGGUCUCUAAUGCCACUGCACAGCGAAGCUCGUUGCGUCGAGCACUUAAAGAAAGCAUGCGCGAUGUCACCCCUAUCGGUAGUCUCGCCGCGAUAACACACUCUCCCCCACCAACCCUAUCGUUAACACCACCAAUAACCCCUGGCUUUAUAUCAGUCGAAAGCUCUCCCCAAUCAUCGCCAUCUUCGCUAGCAAACACGUCCACGAUGCCACCGGCGUCCUUACCAACACCAUCGCUCAUUCCCACCGAUACGAGGUCGCCGCUUAACUCAACUUCAACUCCUACUUCUAUCUCCCCGUUAUUGAGUAACAAGAAGCCGAGAAUAUCGCAGAAGCAACACCGAAAACAGUUAAGGGGAGGGUUGAAUUAUGCAGAUAUCAAGGGAAGUAAGAGUCUAGGAUGCACGAAACUUGAAAAGGGGUGUGAGCAAAGUGAACAUAUGGACGUGAUGGACAAGCCUGACACUAAUGGUGUCCCAACAUCGCGUAAGGGCUGGUACCAUGUGCGAUCCAUCAUCAACGAGGCUCACGACGUAAGAGGUCGUCUUAUCUACUUCGUCGACUGGGAAGGUCAAGACCCUCGCACUGGUAUCGGCUGGCCGGGAUCCUGGGUUAAUUCAAAGAACGUCUCGGAAGCUGCGAUUCGCGAGUGGCGGAAUAAGCAAAACAAAUAGGCCAUUUUAUAAUGAUUAGGAGGAAACCAAGAAAUCAGAAGGAUGGGUGACGAAAUCAAUACGCAAGCCUUCUUGCAUUAUCACCGGACAAAUACCCACGUUGAUCAUGCCAUCCACCUCUUGCUUUCGGCCAACCGCCAAAGCCUCAAGGAAAGAUAUUAUUAUAAGGGGGGCGAUUUAUCAAAGAGGAAUUUACUGCGUAUCUUCAAAUGGCGAAAGACUUUCAUUUCUUACUCGAACAUGCUAGGUUAGCAUAUAACUAAACCGCUUUUUAAACAUGUAUCUUAGAUACAAAGAUUAAAGGAAUUAGUAGGGGAUUGCGAACAAACUGGCGAGUCCAUUAACCUGUGUUCUUACCAGG